GCCGCCAUCCAUGUGAUUCUUCCUUCUUUCCACACGUUGAGUCAAAGAUGGCGGAUCAGCCUGCUGUGCCGAGCGAUCUUUUUCAACACGUGUAUUCAUUUCUGGUGGAAAACAAGUUCACCAAGGCCGCACAGGAGUUUAUCAGGAAGGCUAAAGUGAAACCUUUGGACACUAAAGCAACGAAUCUUGUCGAUGUCUUCAAUUUCUGGGUCAAGUCUCCUGAGGCUAAGAAAAGGAAAGCGGUGACCAAUGGACCAGCUGCAAAGAAAGCCAAGCAGGAGGACAGCUCAAGCAGUGAGGACUCUUCCAGUGAGGAGGAUGAGCCAGCCAAGAAGAGAGCUGCAGUGCGCAAACCUGCCACACCUGUAGCCGCUAAGCCUGCUGCGAAGUCUCCAGCCGCCAAGAAAUCAGCAUCCAGCAGCAGUGACUCUAGCGACGACUCGGAGGAUGAGAAGAAAAAGCAGCCAGUCAAGAAGAGCACCCCUGCAGCAGCUGCUACGCCCAAGACCCCCGCUGUGACCGCGACAAAGCCAGCGGCGAGGAAAAAGGACUCGAGUUCAAGCAGCGAGGAUUCGGACAGCUCGGAGGACGAGAAGCCAGUCGCUAAAGCAGCCUUCUCUAAGCCAGCUCUGAAAGCAGCUACCCCCACAGCUGUCGACAGCAAGGCUAAAGGUGACAGCAGCAGUGAUGACUCCAGUGACUCUGAGGAUGAGACGCCUGCUAAGAAGACCACCACCCCAGCUAAGUCUGCUGUCGCUGUGAAGACCCCAGUGAAACCUGCCACUGCAAAAACUACCCCUGCCAAAGGGGGUGCCGCAGAGUCCACUAAUGAGAAGGCGAGCACCCCCAGCAAGAAACCCAAACCAGGACCCUAUAGUGCCGUCCCCCCUCCCACACAGCAGAAGAAGCCCUCCACCCCCGCAACAGCAGCCAAGAAGCCUGCGAGUAAGGAGGAGAGCAGCGACUCUUCAGACAGUAGUGAUGAGGAGACUGCAACGAAGAAGCCAGCCGCUAAAACUACACCCGCUAAACCAGCAGCCGCAACACCCAAAGCAGCAGCAGCAGCAGCAGCAAAGAAAAAGGAGUCAAGUUCAGACAGUUCAGACUCCAGCUCUGAGGACGAGAAGACGGCCCCUAAGAAGGCCACGCCUGCUAAAGCGACGCCUGCUAAACCAGCUGCAGCCAAGAAAGAAUCCUCCUCCGACAGCUCAGACAGCUCUGAGGACGAGGCACCAGCAAAACCAGCUACCAAACCUGCUUCCAAACCAGCUACACCGGCAGCCAAACCCAAAUUGCCUGCCCCUACCAAGAAACCGGCCAGCAGCUCUGAUUCAGACAGCAGCUCCAGCGACUCGGAACAGGAAGCCAAGAAGAAACCUGCAAAACAAGCAGCAGCUAAAACUCCAGGGUCUAAACCUGCCACACCGGCCACCGGCAAAAAGACAGCGGCCGCAGCGAGCAGCUCUGAGUCGGACAGCUCUUCGGACGAGGAGGAGAAAAAGAGUGUCGCCAAGCCUGCCACCAAGAGCCCUGCAGCCAAGAGCCCUAAAGCUGCCAAAGGAAAGUCUCCCGCACCUGCAGCCAAAAAGGCCAAAGAGUCGAGCAGCAGCAGCUCGUCGGACAGUGAGGAGGAAGCACCAAAACAGAAACCAGCAGCGGCAGCAGAACCAACCCCUGCAAAGCCCGCCACCGCAAAAAAGCAAGAGAGCAGCUCGGAGUCAGAUAGCUCCGAGUCAGAGAGCGAGAAAAAGCAGCUCAACGGGAAGCCCGCAACCCCCAAGACCCCCGCUGCAGUAAAGUCAUCCACGCACAAACAAACACCUGCUUCUGCAAAGAAGCCAGCAGCAGAGUCCAGCAGCAGCGAGAGCAGCUCUGAUUCUGAGGACGACAAGACGACUCAGCAGAAAGGCAAGGCUGCGGCUCCGGCAGCGAUAAAGAAAUCCCCAGCAGCUUCGGCAAAGAAGAAACAGGAAAGCAGCUCCUCUGAGGACAGCUCGUCGGAGGAAGAGAAGGCAAAGGCGAAGCCAGCAGCAGCCCCCACUACAAACGGCACAGCAGAGAAAAGGAAAAGAGAUGCUGACUCUUCUUCGGAGAGUGAGGAAGAGGAGAACAAGGCUCAGACCCCCAAAAACAAGAAACUCAACGCACAGCUGCCACACUCCUUCCCCAAGACCAAACAGAAGACUGCCAAUGCUCCUUUCCGUAGAGUAAAAGAAGAGGAGAUUGAAGUGGAUCCUCGAUUUGCAAACAACGAUUUCAACGCAAAGCUUGGCGCGCAGGGUGACUGGGGGGAGAGAGCCAAUGAUGUCCUGAAAUUCACCAAGGGGAAGUCAUUCCGUCACGAGAAAACCAAAAAGAAACGUGGCAGCUACCGGGGCGGGGCCAUCUCCACCUCCGUCAACUCCAUCAAAUUCGACAGCGAUUGAGACAGAUCCGCCACCAGAGACCAGAGCUGGAACACACGACACCUGUGCCAGACAUUUUCUUAAGAGGUGUUUUUUUUUUUUUUUAAUUGCUGGAUUUUGUGAGCAGUAUCUUCUUCGUUGUGCAUUAAUUUCCCUGUCUGCAUUUAGUUGUUAAACUGUGAAAGACUUGUGUGCUUCAGUGCUCGCUCAUAUUUUUGUUUUUGGUGUCUGAAACAACGCAUCUGAACUAGUGAUUUUCAUAAUUGUUUUCUUUUAAAGAAAGUAAGAAAACAGGGUGAUGGGAGGAGAGACCCUAUCUCUUCCUGAUGCCUUCUGUUAUUUUGAAUAGUUUUGUUUUAUGCGAUGCAAAAUGGUUUUGUUAAGAAACAAAACGUUUUAAUAAUGUUGGCAAGCUUGGCUGUUUCAACUAAUACAGGUUUCCUUCCAGAGAGGCAAGUCGUUUGCAUUGAACACCUGCCACCCAGUGGUUGAGUAUUGGCACUGCAGUUUCUUUUUUGACUCUUUGGGGUCCAGAGCGCCUCUAGUUGUAUGUGUUGACUUUUUCCCAGCUCGGUUAAAAUGUCUGUCUCCUUUUUAAUUAUUUUUCCCUGUAUUCAAUCUAGUUACCUCUGCAGAGGUUUUUGUUUUGUUGAAAUUUGCCAUUGUUAAAAUAUUACACUUAAUAUUGUUAGGUGUGUUUUUUUUUGUUUCUUUGGACCUGAAAUGUAUAAGGUUAACUGUAAAAUAAUAAUAAAUACAGCUUGUAUAAUAAA